GCAUCGUGAUGUUUUAUGUUGCUGCCUAUUUUAGACAGAGGCUGACAAUCGCUCUGUUUCGAUGUUGUUCUCUUCGACUGUGCAAUUAAUCGUGGCUAUAUUAUGACCGCUUAUAUUUAUAUGCCAAUGGUGCAACAUUAAGAUAAUUUUAUUUUUUUAAAGAAGGGUAAAAAGAAAUAAGUACAAAUAAAUAGAAACCUGCGUGGCUUUUGUUGGAUUCUGGAGAGAACAGUCACUAACGCUCACAAACCUGAAGUGUUCUGAGAACGCAUCUGGUCUAAGUUGCUCCAGUAUGCAUUUUCGAUAUUGAAGUUUAGAGAUGACUCGGAAAAGGCUACAGUUUGUAGCCAUGAGGGGAUUCUUCGCGUGGGAAAUAGCACUUUUACUAAGCAUGGUAGCCUCGAAGGACCCCGACAGCCCUCGGGGGAGAGCCGUCCCCAUGUCCCCGUCCGACUUCCUCGAUAAGCUCAUGGGGCGGACGUCAGGGUACGACGCAAGAAUCCGACCGAAUUUCAAAGGUCCCCCUGUGAAUGUGUCAUGUAACAUAUUCAUCAACAGCUUUGGCUCAAUUGCGGAGACGACGAUGGAUUACAGAGUGAAUAUUUUUUUGCGUCAGCAGUGGAAUGAUCCCCGAUUAGCUUACAGUGAAUAUCCGGAUGAUUCCCUGGAUUUGGACCCUUCCAUGCUGGAUUCUAUCUGGAAGCCGGACUUAUUCUUCGCCAAUGAGAAGGGAGCUCACUUUCACGAGGUGACCACAGACAACAAGCUUCUCAGAAUAUUCAAAAACGGAAACGUGCUCUACUCUAUAAGAUUAACGCUGACGCUCUCCUGUCCUAUGGAUCUUAAAAACUUCCCAAUGGAUGUGCAAACGUGUAUAAUGCAGCUAGAAAGCUUCGGAUACACGAUGAAUGACCUCAUCUUUGAGUGGCAGAAGAAGGGGCCGGUCCAGGUGGCGGAAGGACUCACUCUCCCACAAUUCAUCCUGAAGGACGAGUCCGAUCUGAGAUACUGCACCAAGCAUUACAACACAGGGAAGUUCACCUGCAUAGAGGUGCGUUUCCACCUGGAGAGGCAGAUGGGCUACUACCUGAUCCAGAUGUACAUCCCCAGCCUGCUCAUCGUCAUCCUGUCCUGGGUCUCCUUCUGGAUCAACAUGGACGCCGCCCCCGCCCGAGUCGCCUUGGGCAUCACCACGGUGCUCACCAUGACGACGCAGAGCUCCGGAUCCAGAACAUCACUCCCGAAGGUGUCGUAUGUGAAAGCCAUCGACAUCUGGAUGGCGGUGUGUCUGCUAUUUGUAUUCUCUGCUCUGUUGGAGUACGCGGCAGUUAACUUCGUAUCCAGGCAACACAAGGAGCUGUUGAAAUUCCAUCGCAAGAGGAAGAGGAACAAGCAUGUCGAUGAGGUUCUAAGUAGGGAGGAAAGCAGUGAGUCACUGCAGCCUAGCAGUGGCGUGAGAAGCGCUGAGCCAAUAUAUGGAUCUCUGGAUCAGAUCUCCAGUGCAGACGUCAGGCAGGAGGAGGGCGUGAAGGAGAGCAGACUCAGUUUCAGCGCCAGUGCCGGGACCCCCUGCAGCGCCGGGAAGGACGGCAUCGUCCCGAAAGCCGCCAACAGCACCCCUCAGCCGCCGCCGCCACCGCACCCGUCCUCGUCCUCGGGGACGAGGUCCCACGAGGAGAUGAGGAAGCUCUUCAUCGACCGCGCCAAAAAGAUCGACACGGUCUCGCGAGCGGGCUUCCCGCUGGCCUUCCUGUUCUUCAACAUCUUCUACUGGGUGCUCUACAAGAUCCUCAGGCGGGAGGACGUGCACCAGCGGUAAGGCAAGCGGUAAGGGCCAGCGGGAAGGCCAGUGGGAAGGCCCGCGGGAAGGCCCAGAGCCAGAACUGAGCCACAAACCAAACGUUGAACGUGCCGUUGGGAUACAGGAGUACGAGAGCAGCUACGCCACGGACGCUUUCCGUGUUCCUCGCGCACCGCCAAGAGAAGACGUGGACACGCAACGUUGAGCCAAAGGAAACCAACCGUCAGUCGUUUCUAUAUUUAUACUUUUAGACGAAGAACACCGACUCCGGGAGUCUCGGACUCCAGUGACUCUCAGCAUCACUGCCAAUGUUCCUGUUGAUAUCUCUGUACACCUCUGGUACUGGCAUUCAGAAAAAAUAAUUAUGAACGCAGUUAUUCUUUUGUCGUUAUAGCACAGUACCACUAUGCAUGUCAUGGCACAAUAACAAUGUUGGUGAGAAUUUACCUUUUUUUCCCUUAAAGACCGAACUGAACUCUGCAUUAUCUUAACCACUACCUGUAAAACAUUGAAUUGGUGACUACCGUUUUUGUCUUGAGUGGGUCAGCGUUAUGAUGGGCAGCAUUUUCAAUAUGCUGAAUUUUAGUAUUUAGCGCACAUUCAUGGUCAUUCCCAGUUUGCACAUUUCAUCUUAAGGUUCCAGAUGCCAGGAUGUAGGACUAAUCAUUGACAAAAAUUGGUAAUCUCUUAUUCUUCAAGGUGAACAGUUUACUAUGAAACCAUACCUCUCUCUGGUCUGACCAGCUGCGUAGCCUCAAAGUUCUAUAGAAAUACAGCACAACCUCCUAAGACCCAGCAAUUGAUUUUUUGUCCCCUGUAGGGGACCAUGAGUCUAAAAACAAACAUUGAAGAAAAUAGAAAUCACUAAAAAUUGUGCACCAUGUCAGGUUACAUCAGUGUUCAUCAGCGAUAAACACAACAUAAUGUGACAUAUGGUUCCUGUCUGUCAGGAAAUUGCAUCUUCUAUUUAAUGUAAAUGCAAAAAAUAAUUCAGUAUGUUCCUCAAUAUGGCUGCAUCUGACAUUGCUGCUAUAUCCUCUAUGCACACAUUACUGUUUUUCUACUAAGAUUCAUUACUUGAAUAUUAAUAGCAAACCUGGGUUCACUACCUGAGUUUCCUUUUACGUGCUCAUUGGGACAUUUUGAAAAUGAUUAUUGUAGAAAUGCACACGUGCAGAACAAGGAACCUUUUUCAGUUUAAAACAAAACAUUUAGAUAAAAACAAACAAACCAAACUGCCAUAUGAUCUUGCAAACAUAUCAAUGUGCUCACACAUUCCUGGAGUAGAUUUUACUACCUACUAUUUGUCACAAUCAUGCAGUUUGUGUAAAGUUAUUUUGAAUUACGAGUUAAACAAGUUUUGCAUGAAAUUGACUGUUUAUGCAUCUUAUUUUUUAUGUAAAAUUGUAAAAGUUUUUGUGUCAUAUUUUCUCUGUGUCAGGACAGCAGCUAAGGUGAAAAUGAUUCUGCAUCUGUAAAUACUGUUCAUUCCUUCAAUAAAGU